UUCAGAAGGGGCUGGUAACAAUGUGAAGGGAGGCGCGUUGAGGUUGUUGCAGAGUAAAUAUUGAGGCAGGAAAUUGCAGGUGUGUUCAAACCUGGGUGUGGAGACAAAUAGACGCAGCGCUCUGUCCGCCACACACACUCCAGCUUGUGCACAGGAGGGAAGCAACACUUUAUCACACAUCGCCAUUCAUUUCACUAAUCUAACUGCACUCCACUCGACCUACAGGACGCAGCGAGGCCUUCACUCCGCCAGAAGCUAGCCAAGCAGAAUGAUGGAUGAUGACAAUCAAGAAACAUUUAAAAAUGUCAGCCAGAAGCCCGGCCUGCAGAUAUGGACCAUCAAUAACAUGCAGAUGGUCCCUGUUCCAGCUCAAGGCUUUGGUAACUUCUUUGAGGGGGACUGUUACAUUGUUCUAUAUAUAAGUCAGAACAAGGGCUCGGGCCAGUCGGCCGACAUCCACUACUGGAUAGGGAACUCCUCUUCUCAGGACGAGCAGGGGGCCGCGGCCAUCUACGUCACCCAGCUGGACGAGCACCUGGGCGGGACCCCGGUCCAGCACCGGGAGACGCAGGGCAACGAGUCUGCUCUGUUCAGGGGCUACUUCAAGAAUGGUCUCAUCUACAAGAAGGGCGGAGUGGCCUCUGGAUUCCACCACGUCGACCCGAACGUCUACAACGUCCUGCGGCUGCUGCACGUCAAAGGGAGGAAGCAUGUCACCGCGGCAGAGGUGGAGGUGUCAUGGAACAGCUUUAACAAUGGAGACAUAUUCCUACUGGACAUGGGGAAAGCUAUCGUGCAGUGGAACGGCCCCCAGAGCAACAGGAGGGAGAAGCUCAAGGCCGUCUUGUUGGCUCAGGACAUCCGCGACCGGGAGAGAGGAGGCCGGGCUCAGAUCGGCGUGGUGGAGGGAGGAGCGGAGCGGGACUCCCCGGAACUCAUGAAGGUCAUGGCGGCGGUGCUGGGCCAGAGGAGCGGGCAGCUGAAGGAGGCCGUCCCUGACGACGAGCCGGACCGUGUUCAGAACGCCAACGUCAGACUCUACCAAGUUUUUGAAAACAGCGGGAAUCUGGUGGUGCAAGAAGUGGCCACGCAGCCCCUGACCCAGGAUCUGCUGCACUCCUCUGACUGCUACAUCGCCGACCAGGGAGGCUCGAGUGUGAUGGUGUGGAAGGGAAAACACGCUUCCAAGCUGGAGCGGCAGGAAGCUCUCAAUAGGGCACUGGGCUACAUCAAAGCCAAGAAAUACCCACCGAGCACCAGUGUGGAUGUGAUGUCCGAGGGAGGAGAGUCAGCAUUGUUCAAGCACCUGUUCAAGUCCUGGAGAGAUAAGGAGCAAACUCAGGGUCUGGGCGCCACCUACAAUGUGGGAAAGAUAGCAAAGGUCGACCAAGUGAAGUUUGACGUGAUGGAGCUCCACGCUCGUCCCGAACUGGCGGCGCAGCAGCGCAUGGUGGACGACGCCUCUGGAGAGGUUAAGGUGUGGCGUAUUGAGAACUUGGAGCUGGCUGAAGUAAAUCCAAGCAGUUAUGGACAGUUUUACGGUGGAGACUGCUACUUGGUGCUGUACACAUAUCAAAUAUCAAACCAGCAGCAGUACAUACUCUACAUGUGGCAGGGCCGUCACGCCACUCAAGAUGAGAUCACAGCGUGCGCCUUCCAGGCGGUCAAUGUUGAUAACAAGUACAAUGGAGCCCCGGUGCAGGUCAGGGUGAUCAUGGGAAAGGAACCUCGCCAUUUCCUCGCCAUAUUCAAAGGGAAAUUCAUCAUCUUUGAGGGUGGGACGGGCCGACCUGGUGUUGUCAACCCUGAACGAGGACCCAGGCUCUUCCAGGUCAGAGGGACCAACGAGCUGAACACCAAGGCCACCGAAGUGCCGGCGAGGGCCUCGUCCCUCAACAGCAACGAUGUCUUCGUGCUCCAGACCCACCACGUGUGCAACCUGUGGUACGGGAAGGGCUGCAGCGGCGAUGAGAGGGUGAUGGGGAGAACGAUGUCUGAAGCGCUGUCCAAGCAGGACAAGCAGGUGGUGAUGGAGGGCCAGGAGCCAGCUGAAUUCUGGGUAGCCCUGGGAGGAAAGGCUCCCUACGCGUGUGACAAGAGACUGCAGCGGGAGGAGCCUCCUCACAGUCCACGGCUGUUUGAGUGCUCCAAUCAAACAGGUUGCUUCAGGAUGACCGAGGUGGACGACUACGCUCAGAGUGACCUGGACGAAGAUGACGUCAUGCUGCUGGACACCUGGGAGGAGAUCUUCUUGUGGGUCGGAAACUCAGCCAACCAGUACGAGAUCAAGGAGGCGUGGAACAGCGCGCAGGACUAUCUGAGGACUCACCCGGCGGGCCGCGACCCAGACACGCCCAUCGUCUGUGUCAAACAGGGAUACGAGCCGCCCACCUUCACCGGCUGGUUCAGCGCUUGGGACCCUCACAAGUGGAGCGGAGGAAACUCCUAUGAGGAGAUGACAAAAAAGCUGAGUGAUCCAGCAUCUCUCUCACAGAUCAGUGUUGAUCUGAGCAACCCUUUUUUCAAUAAGAGUCCCGGUGGUGGAGGUGGUUACAGGGCUCCAGGGGGCCCUGCAGGUUCCCCCACACCCUCUAACCCCGAGAGCCCGUCGACCCAAAGGGCCCAGGCCCUGUCCCCCUCCUCUGGCGGGAUGUACCUGGACCCAGAGGUCCUCAUCAACAAGUCUCCCAGUGAGCUGCCACAGGGAGUGGACCCCAGCUGUAGAGAGGAUCACCUCUCCGACGCUGCUUUCGAGAACCUGCUCGGCACGACUCGCCCAGAUUUCAAACGCCUGCCGAAGUGGAGGCAGAGUGACUUGAAGAAAAAAGCCGGACUUUUCUGAGAAACAUUCGCCGCUGAAUUUACAGGGAAACACUUUGGAACCGGUUUCAUUGUUCCCCAGACGACGCCUUCAUGGAAAGCUGAAGCAGCAUUGUAUCUGUUGCAAUAAGACAUUCCGACAGGUCCUUGAUCAUUUCACAUGGUUUUUGUUCUUAUUUCUGAUUGCAAUCCACCAUUAACCAAAUUAAAGUGAUUACAAGUGGUAGAAUUAGCAUAUUAAUAUGAUUAGGAAUAUACACAAAAUCAAAGACCUAAUUUACACUUAAAU